CUCUACUACAAGCCACCCCCCAAAAGCUUCUCUCACCCGCAACCGCAACCAUACCCAACACCAACACCACCACCACCACCACCACCACAGCCAAAAUGUCCAACUCCUCCGCCGCCGAGACCAUCAACGCCUACGGGCCCAUCUCCUCCCCCCACAUCGUCUUCUCCGACAUCUUCAGCAGCUCGCGCCGCAGCUCCAUGGCCUCCCACGCCACCGACUCGCGCAAGAACAGCGUCUCCGAGCAGCCCAGCAGCAGCAGCAGCAAGCACAACAAGAGCAGCAAGAGCAGCAAGAGCAGCAGCAAGAAGACCCCCAAGGUUCCCACGCUCUUCAUGCCCUCCAUCCGCUGGGUCAACUAAAGAAGGCGAGAUCGGGUACGACACAAAGAACAAACACCCUUAAUGACUAUACACUUUAAUGAGCGCGGGUGAGGCUCGGGGCGGCCAGUCAGCAAUGGCUCGUCGGCCUCCUCGUGCCCUCCCCGCCUGGAAUUCGAUGGCGAACGGCAUUGCGACAGGCGGAGGGGACGCUCUCACCGGCCCCUCUCUCCUUUUUCCUUUUCCUUAUUAUAACGACUUGACGGACCAUGGGGGGCUCUGAUACAAACAUCAACCCCGAGACUUAAAAAAGUGCUAUUUGGAUUUCAUUUUGCAGAAAGAAACGACCCAUGUCACCCCUGGGCGACGUUGAUAGAGAAGCGCCUUGGAUAUAUAUAUCUCAUUGUUUUAUUUCUUUCGAUUGCUUCUAGAACUUAGAUCCCUAUACCAGGCAAGAGGCCUUAAGAGACACUUGAC